AUGAAACAUCACUUCAUGGACCACAGGGGAGAACAGUCACUGAUCAGUAAAGCUACCCUCAGCGUGGCCGGCCCUGAGUCCACAGAGGAGACCAUGGGAGUGUGCUGGUCAGGGACCAUGAAGAGGGACGAGUCAUCUCCGGGGCCUGCCCUUCUCCUCCAGCACGACAGUAUCUAUGUGGCAGCCCGGGCACAUGGAGUGCUGGACUGGAGCAGGUCUCUGUCAUCCCAGUCAUCCUCUGAGUACCAGUCCUACUCCCAGUACCAGUCCUGCUGCUCUGGUGGGUGUGAGGACCAAGAGGCUGCCCCAGAGAGUGUGUGUGCCUUGUACACGCACGUGCAGACGGUGCGCGGUGUGGCAGUGGCUUGGGAAACCGAUGAUGGCUUUGAGCCAGUCGCAAGGAAGCCCCGCAUCCGGGAGGCUGAAUUCAUCAAGAGACAGAGGCGGAAAGGCUCCUCCUUCGAGAUAGCCUCCAACACCGACCUGCACUGGGAGCUGGAAGCCUGCAAGCACUACACUCCACAGCCGGAGGAUUCAGUGGAGUGCUGUCUGCAGGAGCUGCGCGCACCUCCGGACUGGCUGGUCACCACCAACCAUGGCCUGCGCUGCGUGGCCUGCUGCCGAGUCUUCCCCACGCUGGAGGCGCUGUUGGACCACGCCCAGCACGGCAUUCGAGAAGGCUUCAGCUGCCAAAUAUUCUUUGAGGAGAUGCUGGAGAGGAGGCGGGCCCAGGACCAAACGCAAGACCAACAACCUUUGGAAGAGGAGCAGAAACAUUCGGACAGUAGUGAAUGUUCCAGGCCCGAUGGUAAGGUGCUUCCCCAGCAACAGCAGCAACAGCCGCAGCAGCCACAGCAGUAAGUGGAGGUGAGCUGUUUACCCUCCUUCCGGCAUCCUUGGGUCACCGCUCCUUUUCCAGUCAGCAGGACCAGAGCCACCAGGGCAAGGGCCCUGGUGGGGGAAUGAAACAUCCUUAUGGAGCAACAAGGUGGGAACAAAAAGGAGGCCUUCCUGGGGUCACAUUUCUACCAGAGUCGGUUUUAAAACCCGAAUCCAAAGAA